GCUCGCCCGCCCCGCACCACGUGACGCGCGACCCCUCCCCCUCUCUGCGGCCGCGCGGCGUCGCUCUCUGGGUAUUUGAACCGCGCUUCCGCCAUCUUCCCAGCGCCCAGUCACUGAGGGGAGAGACAGGGAGAGAAGCCUCGGGAAAGACCCAGCAUGGCCGCCCAAGGAGAGCCCCAAGUGCAGUUUAAGCUUGUCCUGGUUGGUGAUGGUGGUACUGGCAAAACAACAUUUGUAAAACGUCAUUUGACUGGUGAAUUUGAAAAGAAGUAUGUAGCAACGCUGGGUGUUGAAGUUCACCCUCUGGUGUUCCAUACUAACAGAGGUCCCAUUAAAUUUAAUGUAUGGGACACGGCUGGCCAGGAGAAAUUUGGUGGCCUGCGAGAUGGCUAUUACAUUCAAGCUCAGUGUGCCAUCAUAAUGUUUGAUGUAACAUCAAGAGUUACUUACAAGAAUGUACCUAAUUGGCAUAGAGAUCUGGUACGAGUAUGUGAAAAUAUCCCUAUAGUGUUGUGUGGCAACAAAGUGGAUAUUAAGGACAGAAAAGUCAAGGCAAAAUCCAUUGUAUUCCACAGGAAGAAGAAUCUCCAGUAUUAUGACAUUUCAGCUAAGAGUAACUACAACUUUGAGAAGCCUUUUCUCUGGCUUGCUAGAAAGCUAAUUGGAGAUCCUAACUUGGAGUUUGUUGCCAUGCCUGCUCUUGCACCACCAGAAGUUGUUAUGGACCCAGCACUGGCAGCACAGUAUGAGCAAGACUUACAGAUUGCUCAAACCACUGCACUGCCAGAUGAAGAUGAUGACCUGUGAGGGAUGAAGCUGGAGCCCAGCGUCAGAAGUCUAGUUUUAUAGGCAACUGUCCUGUGAUGUCAGUGGUGCAGCGUGUUUGCCACUUUAUUAUCUAGCUGAGCAGAACAUGUGCUUAAUCUUUGGGAUGCUGAAAGAGAUGAAUGGGCUUCGGAGUGAAUGUGGCAGUUUAAAAAAAAAAAAAAAAAAAAACUUCAUAUUUUGGACCUGCAUAUUUAGCUGUUUUUUGGACUGCAAUUACUUCCCCUUUGAGUUUCAAAUAUAAGACUGCUGCAGUCACAUCAGAGUAUUAAGUGGUAAAUCUUGUUUCUGUCAUUCCCAUUCUUUUUUGUUUAGAUAAUAAAGUUGUAUUUCAAAUAUCUCUAAGCAAGUGAACGUUUAUGCAUUAUUAGGAAUAAUUUUUCAAAAAGUGUCUUCUGCUCUUCAGUUGAGGCUAAUACUUGGUUGUCUACUGUGUUUCUCCUUUCCUUUUUCUCUAUUUCUCUUCCACAUACUCCUUUCCCUCCCUUUCUUGUUAUGCUCCUCCUACUAAAUCAGAGCUGACAGUUAACCUUCCCUUUAUUUCUUGAAGCCUGUAAUUAAGCACCUGAGGAGAGCUGAACUAACUGCCAGGUAAAACUAAAGCAGUGAACACUUGACUGGUAAGUGAGACUGAAUCAACAAAUAAGCAUAAACUGUCCCCUACAAAUGGGCAUGUUUAUGCGAUCUGCAGGGGUUCUUGAGUCUUGAGAGUAGUUCAGCUUGCAUAUGUGACCUUUAGAUAUAUUCUCUGAAAGCUAAUUUACAGUAUGUUCUACAACAUGCCUUCAGAGCUCUCUACUUUAGUAGCCUGAAACAAAUGGCAUCUAGGUCUCUUAAGUGAUGUAAAAGCUGUAUCUUUGCAUGGAACCUCAUUCAGUAGAGCUAUAGCUGAUGAGACAAAUUCUGCUCAUCCUAAAAUUCACUAACUAGAAAACAGCUUUAGUUGAGCUAAAAAGCCCUUGGCUACAAAACAGCAUAUUAACUAAAACCACACUUGUAUACAUAGCAAGAGUUUACUGUAACUGCACCAGGUUCUUAAUUUGAAACUCUAGCUUAUUACAGCACAAAUGGUGGAAAAUGUCAACUUUUAACACUAUCUUGUAGAAAUUAAUCUUGGUCAAUAUUAGUACUGCUAGUAAACAGAAUACAAGUUUAAGAUUCCAUUUUUCAGUAGUGUUUGAUUGAGUACAUGAAGCCUUGAACUCUUCAGUUUUGUAUUUUUGGUUUCUUAAUAAAGUGAAGCAUUUCAUUUAUUCCUCUUAA